AUGACACAAACACAGAUGGACAAGACCUUGUGGUUGUGUUCCGGCAGACUGUGGAGCACGGGAGACGUCGUCUAUCAGACGCAGUGUGGCCCAGGCCAGCUGGAGGAUAACGUCAGCUGUGGUUCUGUAAGUGUAGGUGUGUGCUCGUCACCGUCAACACCACCACCAAACACCACCACCACCACCAUAGUCGACAACGCUGCCUACUACUACCAGUGUGUGGCGCCCUUGGUGUGGCUCUCAGGAGAGCCAGACAGGCUCUCUCAGUGCCUUCUGAGGCAGUGGAGUAAUGUUUACGACGUCUGUGAUGAAGACUGCCCCAUGCCGAGGGACUGUUCCACCGUGGCAGACAUGGGCUUCAACACCUCCGAUGUGUACAACAUCGUUCCCUCCGGCCUCCCCCGUGGGCCCGUGGCGCGGGUUUACUGCAGUCUCUCAAGUGACACAAGUGACACUGGGUGGACACAGGUGUUGUACAACAGUAAUGGUUUUACCAACACUUAUGUAUCAGAACCAAGUGACAUAUCCUCGAUGACCCAGCCUUACUUCCUGAGGAUAGAGAAGCUGUCAGCACUGAACUGGAACGGUACAACACCGCGGCCGCUGGUGUUCUGGUUCAACAUCACACUUACUAACGAUAAGAGUUACUUCGCCAUCUACAGUGGGGUCCAAAUGGCACAAAAUAACCCAUGGACUCUAACAGCAGUGGGAGACUACCAUGGAACUGCUGGAGAUUCAUUUUCUGGGAACUUGAAUCAAAAAUUUCAAGAUCUUUGGUGGCAAGAACGUUCGGGAGUUAAUUCUAGUCAACUGAUCCCUUCACCCAUGACCUGGGACUCGCUCACCAAGGACACCUCCCAGACUAUAAGGAGUGUCGCCCUUUUUGUCCGACCUCAGGAUUAUGACGCCGACCACUCCUGCCCCCCGGAGGUGGCCAUGGCGCCGUGGUGGAGGAACAUCAACAUCACCUUCCCCAUUGUGAGGAGUGCCGGCACUGUUAUCUCGUACCAGUGCGUGGGAGAGCUCAUCAUGGCCGGCAACAGCACCACCAUGGCUGAGAGGGUGACGGAGGACUCCACCACCUGUGUCGCGCUCACCAACGGCACCCUCGUCUGGAACACCAGCAUCAUCUCCCCUCCGUGUCGGCUGACCUGCCCAGACAACUACGUCAAGACUGUGGACGGGACCUCCUGUGCUCGCUUCUCUGACGAUGACGCUACCUAUGGCAUCGUCACCGCUUCUCUCAGGUGCCGCGACGAGCUGGCAUCAUUGGCGCUGCUAACGGAGUAUGGCAACCACCCUAACAUAGUCAACAACCAGUACUACUACACCGCCCACGUCAGAAUUAUUACUUCAUUUAUUCUUCAGGGACUCAUUGACGCCCUUCCAGCCGCCAAGCCCAAGCGCUAUCGGGUAGGAACGAGUGUUAUACCGUGGGCCAGGCCGCCCCCAUCACCCUCCAGGGGCGCGCUCAGAGCUGCUUCCUCAACACCACUCGCUACAUCUGCAGGAGACCAGCUUCCUUCUGUGAUAUUCCAAACAGCGUUCUGCCCCAAUAACUAUUCGCAAUACAAGGGGCUGUGCUACAAUGUUUUGGAUACUGCUACCUACACGGGUGUCUACAUAAACAGAACAGGCGAUCACAUCGAGGCUCUAAAGCACUGUAUGGCCGACGGGAGCUCCCUAGCGUACCCUGAGAGCCUGGACGUCCUCCAGUAUCUGGAGAGCCUCGUCAGGCAAAAAGCACUGAACAGUGUAAACAUCCAGACCUCGCUGCAGGAGACGAAGAUUGCCAUCAUUGGACUCAACCAACGGAACAACUGGACUGGCUCAGGGGUGUACGCCCCCGACCCUGAUGUUGUGGCUCUGGCUAAUAUCACGCCCGUUGAGGGGUACAAGCAGCGCUAUCUCACUGUAAAUGCUAACCCGGCUCAAGGAUACAAUUUAACCAAUGCACUUCUUACUGAUGAAACUGUGCAUGUGCACUAUGUAAUUUGUCAACGCUACGGCCUCUAUGGUGGGUUGGUGCCUCAGAAUGAUUUAUUACACAUGAGAGAGUGUUACCCGGGGUACUUCGUCAUGGGUAAGGUUCCCAUGGUGGAGCAAAAAUGGUGGUGUCAAGGGUUCCUGGGAGGCUGGAUGAAUGGUAAUGAACCAUCGGUACUCCAGAACUGCUCGGCCGUCGACGUGUGUAACGAGACCAGUAUUGGCCCGGUGUCGCCCCUCAUCACCAAUGUGACCAGCCCGACUCAUCUUCAACUCAACGGCACCAUCAACUUCACCUGUCCGUCCAACAUGUCCACCCAGCAGGGCGACACCCACCAGAGGCUCACGUGUUCCCAGACUACAAGCGGGUAUAGUUUCUCACCAGCCCUCGACCCCUGUAACGUGUGUACAGGACGACCGGUGGUAGAGAACGCCACCAUUAACUGGGGCAGUAGUCAGUACAAGGUUACCACGAAUGUGGUGGUGGCGACGUGCAAGUCUGGGUACUAUCUGAACAUCACCACCACCACACAGACACUCACCUGCGGCCUCACUGGCUGGUCCGACGCCACCCCCUGCUAUGAAGGAUGUGGCGCUCCACCUCCUGCCGGACACAACAUGACGAUGGGGGCUUUCACCAGCAACACCAUUGGCUCCACACUCUACUACAACUGUUCUGAAGGACUGCUGGUGCCUGAGACGUUCCCAGACGUGAAGGACCACCUGGUGCUCACCUGCCAGGCCAGAGUGUGGACCCCCAGCGGCCAGCCGCUCAGCUGUGCUAAGUUGUGUCUUGGAGAGCCUCCAACGCUUGACCUGCCCGGCACCUCCACGUGGGACAACACAACAAGGACAGCUGGCACAAAGCUGCAGCUGGCGUGCCCCGCUGGCUACCGCUUCGCAGACAUGACCACAAGCAUCAGUGUAGAGUGUGGAGGUGAUGGCAACUGGACCUUCGUCAACACUGCCAUCCUGCGCUGCAGAAUAAAUGCGACCACAAGUCCCCCCCAGCCGCCUGGCACGGUAUAUAAUGGUCCACCGCCACCCUACUGGCAGGGGGACGUCCUCAACUACACCUGCCCGGGGGACCUCUCGUCCGCCUCCGGCAACAACCUCACCUCCGUCACUUUCAACGGCACUGACUGGGUCCUGGAGGAUCCUGGCUUCACGUGUCUCAAUGUGUGCAGAGGUGACCCGCCCACCAUCCUGCCCCCUGGAAACUCCACCUGGAACGGCAAAUCCCGCUCCGUUGGCACACAGAUUGAACUGGCGUGUCCUCAUCCCUACGUGUUUCCCGACUUUAAUUCAUCAAAGAACACCACGUGUGAACAUGACACCCAAAACUGGACCUUCGUCGACACCAGCACCCUUGUCUGCAGGAUAGGUACUCACGAAGGCCCGCCUCUGCCUCCAGGGAGCCUGUACUCUGGCCCCGACCCACCUUACUGGCAGUGGGACACCCUCAACUACACCUGCCCUGAGAACACCAUGUCACCUGCAGGUACCAACGCCACCUCCAUCACCUUCAACGGUACCGUCUGGGUCCUGGAGGAUCCUGACUUCAAAUGUCUCAAUGAGUGUGGGCCGCCACCUGCCAGCCCCCUGAGGGCCACUCUCGCCUUAGACGGGGCACCGGUGACAGACACCGAGGGUGUCUACACCUGUCUUGGGGGCUUCCUUGGGACAAACUUAACCACCUUCAAUAUCACCUGUCUUGACCAGGGUUGGUCCGUUCAUGAAGUUCCAAUUUGUAAAUUGUGCCCCACGCCUCCCCCACUCCCGGGACCAGGUGUGACCAGGGACUACACGGGGCUAGACGAGUGGGGAGCCCUGGCCAACUACACGUGUGACACUCUCUUCAUUCAUGGCAACAAAUCUCUCAACGUCACUUGUCAUGACGGCAACUGGACCCUCACUGUUCUCCCUGACUGUCUGCGUAAGUUAAUUCAAAUCUAUAAGCAUUAUAUA